GCACAUUUGCGGCAUCAUCAGAAGCUACCCCUGAAGCUAAAAAUGGCAGCACCCCUGGAGAAACAGCCACUGGAACCAGUGCUUUAGGAGUGUCUUCAGGCUCCACCACUGCCAGCUCUGGAGACUCUACUAGACCUUCCUCCACCUCUGCUAGCAGUAAAUCAGUAGGAACAGGCGGCCCAAGUACAACCACACCCAGUGGGAAGGAGGGCAGUACACCCAGGGAACCCAGCACUGGAGCUACUAGCCCAGGGAACUCGGGUACAACAGGAGAGUCCUUGAGAUCAACCUCAGGAGCAGGCAGUGGAAGUACACCUGCAACUUCAGGCACUGGGGCCACCAGCACUGGAAGCCCAGCAG